AUGUCUGCUACCAACGGUGUCAACGGCAACGGCAUUGCCAGCCGCAAGCACUUCAACGAGGGCAACUUCCUCUUCACCUCCGAGUCUGUCGGUGAGGGUCACCCCGACAAGAUCGCCGAUCAGGUCUCCGAUGCCAUCCUCGACGCCUGCCUGAGAGAGGACCCCCUCUCCAAGGUCGCUUGCGAGACCGCCACCAAGACCGGUAUGAUCAUGGUCUUCGGUGAGAUCACCACCAAGGCCAAGCUCGACUACCAGAAGGUUGUCCGUGACGCCGUCAAGGACAUCGGCUACGAUGACUCCGCCAAGGGCUUCGACUACAAGACUCUUAACCUGCUCGUCGCCAUCGAGCAGCAGUCACCCGAUAUCGCCCAGGGUCUCCACUACGAGAAGGCCCUCGAGCAGCUCGGUGCUGGUGACCAGGGUAUCAUGUUCGGAUACGCCACCGACGAGACCCCUGAGCUCUUCCCCCUCACCCUCCUCUUCGCCCACAAGCUCAACGCUGCCAUGUCUGCUGCCCGCCGUGACGGCACCCUCCCCUGGCUCCGCCCCGACACCAAGACCCAGGUCACCAUCGAGUACAAGCACGACAACGGUGCCGUUGUUCCCCUGCGCCCGACCAUCUCUUGCGCGGUUGAGGGUGGCAGAGGCGAAUAG